UUGGUUGACUGCAGUUUUAAUUGUGCAGGAAGAUGGUAUUAAUCUGCUAUCCAUCAUCAAAGGUACUAGUAAAUAUCGUCAUUCAAAAAGGCAUGAUUAUGUCAUGGAUUUUCUGCCUCCUAGUAUGUCAGAGUUCAAGAAAGCAGUCCAGGACUUUCGAUGGUAUCUCAAUUUUACUUGUUCAGUUAUGUUGUCCACAAUGGAAAAUGGGAAAAUUAUAAGAGGUCUAGCAGGGGUCCCAUGUGAAGGCCCUGUAUUGUUGGUUGGUUAUCACAUGCUUAUGGGUUUAGAAGUAAUCCCUCUUGUUGAACAAUAUUUGAGGCAGAAAAAAAUUUUACUUCGUGGUAUAGCACAUCCAACAUUGUUCACUCAUUCAAUCUUUGAUAUGCUGAGACUAUAUGGAGCUACGCCUGUCACUGCCAGCAACUUUUUUAAGUUGCUUGCAACAAAGUCACAUGUUCUGCUGUAUCCUGGUGGUGCCCGUGAGGCCUUACAUCGUAAGGGAGAAGAGUACAAGGUGAUUUGGCCUGACCAACCAGAAUUCAUCAGAAUGGCUGCAAGAUUUGGUGCGACAAUUGUGCCAUUUGGCGUUGUUGGGGAAGAUGAUAUAGCACAGUUAGUUCUCGACUAUGACGACCUAAAAAAGAUUCCUAUAUUGAGUGAUCAGAUAAGGCGUGACAACGAACUGGUGGCGAGGAUGGGUGUAACAGUCAGGACGGGUAUGACCGGGGAGGUUGCCAAUCAAACAUUGUAUCUCCCGGGCCUUUUACCUAAGGUACCCGGUCGUUUUUACUACUUGUUUGGAAAACCUAUUCAUACAAAGGGAAGGCAGGACCUGUUGAAAGAUAGAGAGAAAGCAAAAGAAUUGUACUUGCAUAUAAAAUCUGAAGUUCAAAAUAGCAUGAAUUAUUUGCUUAAGAAAAGAGAGGAGGAUCCUUACCGAAGCGUCAUUGAUCGGACCACAUAUAGAGCAUUUUCUGCUACUUUUGAUGAUGUCCCAACAUUUGAUUAUUAGGUGAUGAGUUAGAAGUUAGAUUUAUUUUUAUAGUAGAUGAUGUAUACGUAUUCAUGGUUCAAUUUUAUGUUGGUAUAUUAAAAUUUUCUCC